CUCAGAUGCUGGCAGACCAAAGUUUAGUAGUUUCUGUAAGGACCUAUUUCUAUCACAGGAAUGAUGCAGAAUCAAAGAUAUUUUGGAAUUCUACAGCUUGGAGUAUUUGUAUGGACAUCAUUUUGUAUUAAAGACUCGUUACAGGGAGAGUAUCAGCGGAAGCUGUAUAAGGGGUUGAUGGAUAACUAUAACAGGCUUGAAAGACCCGUGCUCAAUGAUUCUGCACCCAUAGUGGUGGAGCUGGGACUCACACUGCUUCAGAUCAUAGAUGUGGAUGAAAAAAAUCAGGUAUUAAUAACCAACGCCUGGCUACAGCUGUCAUGGACGGAUAUCUAUCUGAGCUGGAACCCCGAUAACUAUCCUGGUGUUCAGACCCUCCGUUUCCCAUCCAAUCAGAUCUGGACACCUGAUAUUCUACUAUAUAACAGUGCCGAUGAGAGGUUUGAUGCCACCUUCCAUACGAAUGUCCUGGUUAAUGCAUCAGGCUCAUGCCAGUACAUUCCACCAGGUAUCCUGAAGAGUACAUGUUACAUAGAUGUGCGCUGGUUUCCAUUCGAUAUACAAAAGUGUGACCUGAAGUUUGGCUCUUGGACUCAUAACGGCUGGCUACUGGACCUACAGAUGCAGGCAGUGGACAUCUCUUCAUACAUCCCCAAUGGAGAGUGGGAUUUAGUGGGAGUCCCUGGAAAGCGUAAUGAGCUGUAUUAUGAAUGCUGUAAAGAACCGUACCCUGAUGUGACAUUUACCGUAACGAUGCGCAGGCGAACACUGUACUAUGGUCUAAACCUGCUCAUUCCCUGUGUGCUCAUCUCUGGUCUGGCUCUGCUCGUGUUCCUGCUGCCUGCGGAUUCUGGAGAGAAGAUAUCACUGGGGAUCACAGUCCUCCUGUCAUUAACAGUCUUCAUGCUGCUGGUAGCUGAGAUUAUGCCAGCCACAUCUGACUCUGUUCCUCUCAUAGCUCAGUACUUUGCCAGCACUAUGAUGAUUGUGGGCUUGUCAGUUGUUGUCACCGUCCUCGUUCUGCAGUUUCAUCAUCAUGAUCCACAGGGGGGCAAGAUGCCAAGAUGGGUGCGGGUGAUCCUGCUCAACUGGUGUGCCUGGUUUUUGCGCAUGAAGAAGCCGGGUGAGGAACGGAAAGCCAGCCACACAUAUGACCACUCUCCAGCACACCAUGCCAGUGCUAGCAGCAUUCAAAUGGGCGUGUUGCCUGUUCAGCCAUCCUCUACCAACUCCACCACCAAUGGUCACAUGAACCUGUACUUUGGCUACCACUCCAUUGACAGUGCUUGCUGCCCACCCAGCAGCGACUCUGGUGUGUCUUGCAGUGGAGGGCGAGUCUGUGGGUCGCCCAACGAGGAACCGCGGGAGGCAGUUAGGAUGUUUGCAGGUGAGCAGGAGAUCCAUCGCAUCCUGGCGGAAGUGAUGUACAUCGCCCAACGGUUCCGUGACCAGGAUGAGGCAGAGGCAAUCUGCAGUGAGUGGAAAUUCGCAGCAGCAGUCGUGGAUCGGCUCUGUCUGGUGGCGUUUUCCCUUUUCUCCAUCAUCUGCACCUUUACCAUUCUCAUGUCUGCGCCGAACUUCAUUGAGGCAGUUUCAAAAGACUUCACAUAAUUAUAUUAGGAUUGCAUUUGCUUUCUUUAAUUCUUUUAGACAAGUUAAUAUAAUAAAAAUACACCACUUGAUUGAGUGUGAGAAGUGUUUACCACCAAAGUUGAUAAAUUCCUCUUCUCAUCGUUCUGAGAUUAACAUGAACAAUUGUUACAAUAAUUAACAACAGCAACAACAAUACCUUGUAUAAUGAUGUAUUUUUGAAAUGUGACUUUUCAAACAAACAUACAGACACUUGGACAAGCUAUUAGGGUGAUAUUUUAUGUCUUUAAACACUGUGUCUUGGCCGAGCACUUGGGUUGGUUCAUGUAAAAAGUAUCCGUGUGUGCUAGCACUGUCAACAUAUUCACAACAGCUAGAAAUGUGUCUGGUUAAUGGUUCAUUUGCAGCAAUACAAACAUUCUCAAUACCAUGUAAGGGUGGUAUAUCACUUUGGAUGUCCUUCAUACUUCUUCAAUCCUAACAAUAUUUUGGCAUCAUUUAAUAUUCAUAAUUUAGAGUUUAAUAAGUUUAUCUCUUUGCUAUGUUCUUGUUUCCCUUACCAGUGCAUCAGUAACUUAUAUUCAAGGUAGAAUUCAUAGACACACUCACUCACAGUGACUUUCAUCAGCUUGACUUUUUUUUAUUUUAUAGAUAUUACAGUUGUUAGCGUGUUCUAAACUUACUU